UGAAUUUCUGCCAGUAUAAAAGACACAUGCAAGUCAGAAUAGAGACUGCCUUUUUUAAGGGGGCAUCGUUGGGUUGGGAGGGUUGUUGUCUUAUUCACCGAAACUCAGCAUUCUUAGCAGCCUGAUCCACACCCAUGGGUGCGAUAGUCCCAAAGGCGGGAUAAUCCCAUCUGGUCGCCCUAAACCUUUCAACCCAAGAGUUUAUAAACGCGCUGCCCUCCACCUUACCCCAUCACUUUUGGACAACCUUCUUUCCUGAGCUCCAAGACCCCACAGCAGCAGCAAGAUGAGCGACACAGAUGCUGGAAGAUGGCCUCGUCUCAUCCACUCCGAAGAGGAGGCCGCUACGGCGGGUUCGGUGUCCGGCGCCCUGGCCGAGGGGCGGGCCUCAAACCUCGGCCUCGUCUCCGCCUGCUCGCCCAGCUCGUCGGGUUACUGGAGAACGGGCGAGGGAAACAUGCUGGAGAAGACGGAGCGAGUGAUCACGGUGAACGCCGUCUACCGCUGUCCGCUGCGGGUCGUGAGAGAACACUACCUGCGGCCCUGCGUGCCCUGUAACAGCGCGCUGUGCUCCCAGCCCGAGUACUGCUGCAACGUGGGCAAACUCUUACCUGCAGAGGUGACCCAUUACAUGGUGCCAGACAGCUCAGUUUUCGAUUACUUUGAAAUCUUGGAAAUGCCGGAAUUGAAGGGCGUGAUUUGGCUGCAAACUGUGACUGACGCUCUACAUUCGAAAAGAGGGUGGAGGUACUGUAACAAGCUGCGGAGCCUCCUCAAGGACCCGAGCCAUGAAUGCGUGCUCUUCGCAAAUGAGUACCAUGUUUCAUGCUACCACGCUCGGGAAAAGCAAACGUUGAAGAAAGAUUGGGAGAAAAGGAUUAUCUACGCCGCGGCUUUAUGGUAUUAUAAGCACUGCGGGGAGAAGAUACCCAUCAUCAUAGUGGCCGAUGAAGAUUCCACUAAGAGAUACAAAGUGAAGAGCAAAGGAGUAUAUGUAAUGACAUUCAAGGAAUAUCUAAAUAAGUUCUAUUCGGAUCUGGAGGCUGCCCACAACUCAUGUGACUUCAUUGAUGAGGCCCUAUAUGAAGAAAAACUGGAGAGCUUGGAAGCCUCAGGAAUUAAUUACAACAAAUAUCUCCCCCCGGACAUCUUAGAGGCUGGACUAAAAUCUGGCCGCUACGUGGAGGGAAUAUUGUAUGUUAAUAAACACACAAAAAUGGAAGCAUUUGUCCGCGUGCAGGACACCGAUCAGAGUGAAGAAGAUUAUGAAAUCUUAAUCGAUGGGAUAAAUCCCCGGAACCGCGCGCUCCACGGAGACCGGGUAGCAGUGAAAAUGUUCCCUGAAUCACUCUGGAAAAGGAGAAUGGGCGCGGAUCACGAGGGCUACAGUGAAUAUGUGCCCACAGGACAUGUGGUGGGCAUUACUCAGAAACAUAAGCGGGAUUACAUAGUAACAUUCCCAUCAAAGGAAGACAUACUAUAUUACAGCAGAAAAACAAAGAAAUACCUUGCUGUGCCAUGGGAUUAUAGGAUCCCCAGAAUUCGAAUCAGCAGGAAGCAAGCUGAAAAAUAUCAGUUUUGCAGAGCAAUUAUACAUAUUGAUUCCUGGGACACGGAUUCGAGGUAUCCAGACGGACACGUCGUAGGAACCCUGGGAACAGGCGGAGACCUGGAAGGGGAAAUGAAGUCUCUGCUCAUGGAACAUGACAUUUCCGAGCGGCCCUUCUCUGAAGCCCAGAUGGGCGAGUUGCCAGUGAACACCGCAGAGAAGCCUUGGAGCGUGGACCACGAAGAACAAGAUCGGAAAGAUCUAAGGAAAACACAUCUUGUCUUUACAAUUGACCCGAAAGGGUGUGAAGAUGUGGACGACGCGCUGUCCGUGCGCACUCUGAGCAGCGGCAACCUGGAGCUGGGCGUUCACAUAGCAGAUGUAACCUACUUCGUGAAGCCGAAAUCUCACCUGGAUAAGGAAGCUAGGGCUAGGGCCACAACAUACUACCUGCCCGACCGGCGCUAUGACAUGCUGCCCUCCGUCCUUAGCUCCAACUUGUGCUCUUUGCUGCGUGGUGUUGAUAGAUACGCUAUGAGUGUCAUUUGGGAACUGGAUAUGACGACCUACGAAAUUAAGAAGGUGUGGUACGGAAGGUCAAUUAUCCAUUCUACAUACCAACUCUCCUACGAAGCAGCUCAGGAGCUCCUAGAUGGGAACUUGAGCAUCACAGGUAACAUCGAAGAAUUCCAGGACAUGGAAGAAAAGGAGAAAGAAGACAGGCUGCAGGAACUAACAUGGGCGAUUGAAAAGUUGGCUGACAUAGCCAGCCACUUCCGGGCGCAGCGAGGUCUUGAUGGUGCCUUAGAUCUGGACGGCAUUGAAAUCAGUGUGCUGUUAGAUGAAGAGAAGAACAUUCUCGACCUCGUCCCCCGGCAGCAACGUAGAAUCCAUCGAAUGGUGGCAGAGUGUAUGAUACUCGCCAACCACUGGGUGGCCAGGAAAAUCUACGAAAGCUUCCCCAGGCAGGCCCUGCUGCGCCGGCACCCGCCUCCACGCCAGAACCUCUUCUCAGAGCUCAAGCAGAGCGCCAAGGCCGGAGGGUUCCACAUUGAUACAAGUUCCAACAGGGCCCUGGCGCUUUCACUGGAUAAUGCGUACGACGUUUCCGACCCGAUGGUCAACAAGCUGCUGCGGAACAUGGCUACACUGGCCAUGUCCAACGCACUAUACUUCUCGACAGGCUCCUGCCGGGAGCGCGAGUUCCACCAUUACGGACUCGGCUUAGACAAAUAUACUCACUUUACCUCACCAAUAAGGCGAUAUGCUGAUAUCAUAGUCCAUCGACUAUUGAUUGCAGCUAUUGCAGAAGAUAAAACAAAAACUGAGUUGAAUUUGUUAAGUGAUCGAUGUCUCGAAGAGUUGUGUGAUCAUAUCAACGAACGACACAGGGCUGCGAAACUGUGCCAAAGGCAGGCAACGGAACUCUUCCAGUGCCAUUUCUUUAGAGACAAAGAUGCAGACCGAGAUGAGCGCUGUGUCGCCGACGGUAUCAUCUACGCCUUCCGGGACACCGCUGUACAGCUCUACAUCCCAAGGUAUGGGAUUAAAGGAACCGCAAAUCUGAAAACCAAAGAUGGCUGUGUCCUCCAUUUUGGGGCCAAUGGUGAAAAAAUUGGCUGGGUCCCAGGAGCACUUUGGAGGUCACACAAGCAGGCAGACUGUGUCACAUCCAGCGGGCAAGGCGUCACUUUCCGGAUUUUUGAGCAUGUUACGGUAAAAAUAUCUGUACAAGCUCAACAGUAUCAUCCCAAUAGCCUACGACUAGAAAUACUAAGCAAGAAACCAUACUUGGACCCAGAGGCAAGGCAUACUCCCAAAAGCUCCCCAUCACCCACGAGAGAGUUAGUGGAGGAAAACAGCAAAGAAAACAUCCCUGAAGAAUACAGGCAGUUUCAGCAGACAAAAGGAGAGAGCCUCUACACUCUGCUGGAAGAGAUGAAGAAUCUAGCGAUCCAGGACAUUUCGAACAAUCUAUGAAACUUUCAAUGUCAGGAUUGACUAUUUUUACAUUUACUGUACACAUUAUUUGUACAGGAUUAACAGUAGUACAUAUUGUACUGUUAUAAUUUUGUAACCACCUCCUGUUGCUAUGGAGACAACUUCAAGUGCUGUAUCUGCUUAAGAUGCCCUGGGACAGUGAUCAAUUCUGUGUGCCCUCAUCUUCCCAGCGAUCUCUUGAUCUGGCAUAUGUUGCCAUAAAUAAUAAAUGUAAAAUGUAUUUAU